AUAUAUCUGAGCUCCAAUUAAAACUCCUUUCUCUGUCUUUCUGAGCGGCUCAGCAUAUUUGAACCAAGCGAUCGAGCGAAAAGAAAUAGUCGCGCAUUGGAGGCGAGAAGUGAGAGAUCGAUUUGAUUUUCAUCGGUGCGCAGUAAAAUAAUGGCUGGCGGCUUCGACUUCAACAAGCUAUGUAAGACUUUUAGCGAGCUUUGUCCCGACUUCAAUCAGUCGGAUCAAGCGGCCACAUCGCAGAGCUUGGACUUUGCCAACAAAGUACUCUUCGACCUGGGGCCCAAAAUGCGGCACAUCAAACAGAGCGGCAUGGCGCAGAUGUGGCGUCUAAUCUUCAGCGGGAACUCAAGCGUAUUCAUAUACACCUACACCUUUAAGAGCCCGAUCAACGUUAACCCGCGUCUGCAGGACAAGAAGCUGUACCUAACUCUGAAGCAGGCUGGCUUGUUGGCCGCCAGCAAACUAUGCUCCCAGCUGCCCGAUUUUUAUAAUCCACGUGACAAGAUACUGCUGACACCUUUGGCGCGCGCCGUAUUUCUGCCCCAAAACAUUCCCAAAAUUGCCGCCGAUCUGACUAGAUUACUCGGACGCAGGGUGGACAGCAAUGAGGUGGUCAAGGCCAUUAUCUGCAGCUGCCAGACGGAUGGCUUCCACCUGGAGCACAGCCAGUGUCACAUCGCCCUUGUGGCCAUUGAGGUAACAGUGUCUGCGCCCGCCCAACGCCAGAAAUUGCGUGAGAAAACAAUCCGGCUCUACGCCAAGCACGGCAAAUCUUACAAUGCGGGCCUUUACAAAAUAUACGCGCAGCACUCUAAACUGAGCAGUAGACCACCAGAUACUCAGCUGCCCGAGCCCUGCACUUCCGAGGAGGAGAGCAAAGGUCAGUCCAAGAUUAAGAGCAUAGAUACCGUUCUGCGCAGUAUUGCGAGAACUGUCGAUGAUCCUCUAAGCGGUGGCACCCUGGACAUGAAGUUUGUCUCACCUCCAGCUUCCUUUAGCGAAAUCGAGCUGAACUUACCAGCGCCCACCGACAUUCGCGUCGAGGCUACCAACUUGGAUAGCAUCAGACACAAACAAACUACCUCCAGUCAGUGAGGAUUUCUUCGAAAGUGAAUUUAAUCAACUAAUAUAUAACAAAAUAUGUUCAAGUUGGUUCAAGAUAUUGUAUUCUUCUGGAUGACGCAGAUUAAAUUUUCAUAUGCUUGGU